UCAGAGGGAUGCGGCAGGUUUUAUUUUGGGUAUCGGCGACCUCCCUCUCGGGGCGCCAGGCCCGGGGUUCAGCAGGACGGCGUCGAGCGGGUGCUGCUGGACCGGCUGCCGGCUGCCCGGGGCCUGCGACAGGGAGCAGCCAUGCUCAUCUCGGCCGCCUCCGUGGCCCCUGGGACGGCUGGGCCGUGUCGCCCGGGGCACCCCGGACCUCCACCACCUCUGUUGCCCAAGCCGGGAAAAGACAACCUGCGCCUGCAGAAGCUGCUGAGGAAGGCUGCCCGGAAGAGGAUGGGCGGGGGUGGGCCCACCGCCCAACCCGGGGCUUUCCGCACCUCCCUGUCCCCUGUGAGCGAGGCCAGCCACGACCAGGAGGCCCCGAGCCCACGUCCCACAGAGGCCCCGCGUCCAGCAGAGGCCCCGCAUCCGGCUGAAGCCCUGCGUCCCACAGAGGCCCCGCGUCCAGCAGAGGCCCCGCGUCCAGCAGAGGCCCUGCGUCCCAUGGAGGCCCCGCGUCCGGCUGAAGCCCUGCGUCCCACCGAGGCCCUGCGUCCAGCAGAGGCCCCACGUCCCAUAGAGGCCCCGCGUCCGGCUGAGGCCCUGCAGGCUGUGGCUGCCACGCCCCGUUGCCCCCCAACACCUGUCAUCCACCACGUGGCCUCCCCCACACAGAGGUCCACGUUCUCCUUCAGCCUCGCCCAGCGCAGGAGCCUGGCUUCCCACUUCAGGGCCACGGGCCCCCAGCUCGCAGCCCCAGCCCCGGAGCUCGCCUGGUGCCCCAGCGGCUUCGCCCAGGUCUCGGCCCCUGCAGCGAGGGGCCGCCACGUCAGCCAAGUGCACGUCCGGCUGGCGCCAUCGCCACAGGCCGGGACCCCCGAGCCCCCCCCGGCAGCCCCCCAGGAUCAGUACACGGCCCCCCGCCCUCCUGGGGCUCAGCCCCUGAUCCCUGUGGCCCACAUCCGCCCACUGCCCACUGGGACGCAGGCGGCCAGCCCCCGGCCUGCGGCAUCCCCAGUGCCCAGGCCUCCCCCUGGCCUGCAGGCCUCGGUGCCCAGGGAGGCUGGCACCCGGGUGGUGGUGCCCGUCGCCCCCACCUACCGCUCGCCGGGGCCCUCGCCUUUCAGGCCAGCCUCUGGGACCCCCGAAGCUGGGCGCCUGGAGGAGCCCCCCGCGGCUGGCCCUGCUGAGGCCGAGAGAGCCUCCAGCCCCUGCGGCGCCUCACCUCCGACCCCGUCGGCAGGCCCCCAGCCCUGCCUGGCCCCCAGAGCCGCAGCCAGGCCCCAGCUCAGCGGCUGGACGCGCCUGAAGCAGCAGCUGCUGGAGGAGUCGGAGGAGCCCCAGUUCCCAGAGCCGGAGCCCAGCCCGGGGCAGGUGGGCCAGGGCGGGAGCGCCCUCGCCAGCCCAGCGCCCCGGCCCCCCGCCUCCCGGGCCUCCAAGAUGUGGGAUGCGGUGCUCUACCGCAUGUCGGUGGCCGCGUCCCGCGGCGGCCAGGCGGGGCCCGGAGCCGGGGCACCCACCCUGGCCGGCCUCAGUCGCCUGCCUUUCCUUUAUCGGCCUCGCUUCAACGCCCGCAAGCUGCAGGAGGUGGCCGCCCGACCCCCUCCCGUGACCUCCCCGGUCCUGGUCCUGAACCCCCAGCCCAAGAACUUCAACCGGACGGCAGCCGGCUGGGGGCUCCACUGA